AUGACACAGCUUCAAGAUGCCGAAGAUGUGCUCCCGGAUGAUGGGACUGAGAAUUCUGCAGCGCCUAGGAUACAGACUGAUGAAGAAUUCAGUAGUGGUUUUCUAUUCGGGGGUGGAAGUUCACGCCAAACCCUUACACAUUUCCAUCCCAACACGAUACAAAUCUUUCAGUUGUGGAACACAUUCCUUGACGGUGUCAAUCCCCUGACAAAAAUUAUCCAUGUGCCGACGUUACAACAGCAGAUUUUGGACGCUGCGAGCGACCUCAGCUCUUUGUCACCCGAAAUGGAGGCUCUAAUGUUCUCCAUCUACUCCUCAGCAUUGCUUUGUAUGCAUGUGGAUGAAGUUCAGAAAUAUUUCGAGGACUCCAAAUCAGCGCUAUUGACUCGAUAUCGACAAUGCGCGCAACAGGCCUUGGUGAAUGCGGGAAUCCUUGGUACAUCGGAGCUGAAGGUGCUUCAAGCGUUCCUCCUUUUCAUCAUCUCCGUCCGGCUUGUGUACAAUCCACAUAUCCUAUGGUCUUUGACUGGAAUUUGUGUCCGAAUAGCACAACGCAUUGGUCUUCACAAGGACGGCUCGAAGCUCGGGUUAUCUGUCUUUGAAACAGAGAUGCGUCGACGGAUUUGGUGGAACUUGACCGUGGUUGACGCCACCAUAGGCCACAUGGCUGGCUGUGAAUCACAUAUGUUACUUCUAGCAGACACCAAACUCCCAAGUAAUAUCAACGAUAGCGCGCUUGAUCCCGGCAUGAAGGAUAUUCCGGAUGAAUCCUCGGGGCCGACAGAAAUGUUCUUUUGUCUGAUGUCCUACGAACUUGGUGCUUGGCUUGCUAAACAGGCAGAAAACAAGACGUCGUCUUUUGACGGCUUCUGGGAGUUUCUGAGCUCUACAACAAUUUCCGUCGAUCAGAAGGAUGCUAUUAUUGACGAACUCGAGCAAAUCUUUGAAAGAAAGUAUAUCAACCAUUGCGAUUCCUCGAUUCCGCUUCAUUUCGUGACAUUUGUUGUUGCCAAAUCGGCUGUGACAAGCUCGCGGCUGCGGGCACAUCAUCCACGACAAUAUCAAGAAAAGGGGCAACCUCUCCUACCUACCGAAAGAGACUUGCUCUUCAAUCUCUGCUUCAGGCUCCUCGAAUACGGUGACCUUAUCUUUCGGAGUCCGAAAGUGCAGAAAUUCCAUUGGCAUCUUGAUUUCCAUUUCCCCUGGGAAGCUUUAAUUGUUAUGCUAUUAGUUUUGCGCCAUCGCAAUGUUGGGCAAGAAGUGGCCAGAGCGUGGCAAUUGAUUGAUGCCUUGUUCAAGCGGCAAACGAAGAUAAUGACUCAACGCCAAAGAAGUCCUCUUCAUUUGGCAGUUGCUAAUUUGGCAAUCAAGGCUUGGUCCGCACAUGUGACAGAGUCGGAGUACAGCCGAAUUGAUCCUUUACCACAACCCGAAGUCAUUGAUCUGUUAUGGCGGUAUACUCACCAAGGUUCAACUUCGACUUCCUUUAGCAACUCCACAUUGUUUUCCACUCGACCACUUCCACGAGACCCUUCAAUAUCGACCGAGCCAACAAUAGAGGGGCCAUUAACGACCUCUGAACAUGUUACAUCACCAUCUCAAGGACUUGCUGCGGGUAAAAGUCAUCUCACUGCGGACUGCGAUAAUAGUACACAGAACACUUACAAUCUAAACACCGGAUUGCCGAUUCGAACAGACGGCACUGCAAUAGAUAGCACCAUGGAGAUGGAUUCAAAUCCCUUCGACGACAGUCCUCUUAACUGGAAUCAAUGGGACGCCUUGCUUCACGAGUUUCAAGACUACAGUACUGGAGAUAUGGACAUGCUUUUCCCUCUUCAGCCAACUUAGUUAUUGUGAUGGGGGGAAUUGGUGUUCCUUGAGAAGAUUAUAAGUUAUUAUUGAUAAUCAAACUAUCAACUGUAUACGUAGAUAAGUCAAGUCGGUGGAUGGUGACGGGGAAUCUGACAUGUCACAGUAGUUCCGUUAUACUGUUACAGUAAAUAAGAGGAGGUUUUC